CAGGACCUGUUUCAUUUUCAGCCCCGCAGUCAUUAGGAGUCAGUGUGCUGUUGUGAAUUAACGUCGUCUCACGAGUGUCGUUAUAGAGGGGGAACAAGAAGAAGAAGAAAAAGAAGAAGAAGAAGAAGAAGAAGAAGAGGCAAAGCUCAUUUCCGGUGUGUCAAUCAGUCGUGGCGGUUUUCUCUUGAGGGAUGAAAGUAAAAGCUCCAUCACUCUGAAAGGCUGGACUUGUUUUCCAUUAAAGACCUCGCGCAGGAGAAAAGGGCGGGAAACUUGGCGCUCUCAUCACGCGCUUCUUUCACGCGCAUCCUCUGGCUUUCCGCGUUUCUCGUCCACGCUCCUGAGUUUCGGCUGUAAUCAUGGAUCUUAGAGGCGAAAACGACGACGACAACGUGGACUGCGAGCGACCGGCGCCCAUUGAAGUUUUCGCCAGCAGGUCCACUCUUCACGGCAUCGCCCACAUGUUCACGUACGAGCGGCUGUGCGUGAGGCGCUGCCUGUGGAUUAUCUUCUUCACCGGCUCGCUCUCCUUCCUCGUGUUCGUGUGCGCGGACCGCGUGCGCUUCUACCUGCAGUAUCCGCACGUGACCAAGCUCGACGAGAUCUCGAUCCCGUUGAUGACCUUCCCCGCCGUGACCUUCUGCAACCUCAACUCCUUCCGCUUCAGCCGCGUCACGCGCAAUGACCUGUACCAUGCGGGAGAGCUGCUCGCGCUGCUCAAUGGCAGAUAUGAGAUUCGGGACACUCACAUGGUAGAGGAGAGCGUUCUGGAGACCCUGAAAGUCAAGGCUGACUUCCUGACCUUCAAACCGCGACCCUUCAACAUGCGCGAGUUCUACGAUCGAACGGGCCACGACAUCAAGGACAUGCUGCUCUCCUGCUACUACCGCGGGGACAAGUGCAGUGCUGAGGACUUUAAAGUGAUCUUCACUCGAUAUGGCAAAUGCUACACAUUCAACUCUGGCCAGGAUGGACAGCCACUGCGCGUCACCACGAAAGGGGGUAUGGGCAACGGCCUGGAACUAAUGCUGGACAUUCAACAGGACGAGUACCUGCCAGUGUGGGGAGAGACAGAUGAGACGUCUUUUGAAGCCGGCAUCAAAGUGCAGAUCCACACUCAGGACGAGCCGCCUUUCAUUGAUCAGCUGGGAUUCGGAGUGGCGCCAGGCUUUCAGACGUUUGUGUCUUGCCAGGAGCAGAGGUUGACCUACCUGCCCCCUCCAUGGGGUGACUGCAGGUCCGAGCCCAUUGACUCGGACUUCUUUACCACCUACAGCAUCACUGCGUGCCGCAUCGACUGUGAGACGCGCUACCUGGUAGAGAACUGUAACUGUCGCAUGGUUCACAUGCCCGGAGAUGCUCCAUAUUGCACGCCGGAACAGUAUAAAGAGUGUGCAGAUCCAGCUUUGGAUUUCCUGGUGGAGAGAGACAAUGAUUACUGUGUGUGUGAAACACCCUGCAACAUGACGCGCUACGGCAAAGAGUUGUCCUUCGUCAAGAUCCCCAGCAAGGCUUCAGCCAAAUACCUGGCCAAGAAGUUCAACAAGACAGAGCAGUACAUUGCGGAUAACAUCUUGGUUCUGGAUAUCUACUUUGAGGCUUUGAACUAUGAGACUAUUGAGCAGAAAAAGGCCUAUGAGCUGCCUGGAUUACUGGGUGAUAUUGGUGGUCAGAUGGGUCUUUUUAUCGGAGCCAGUAUUCUGACAGUUUUGGAGCUCUUUGACUAUCUUUAUGAGGUGAUCAAGUACAAGCUGUGCCGCUGCAGGAAGCAGAACCAGAAACGCAGCAACAACAACGACCGAGGAGCCGUGCUGAGCCUGGACAACGUGCAGUGCCAUCCUCCCUGUGAAAACCUUCGCACUCCCUCUACGUAUCCGGCCAACAUCCUACCUCACCAUCCAGGGCAGGGCAACUUCGAGGACUUCACCUGCUGAGUGAGUGAGAGUAGAGUUGGACUCCAGCUCACAGUGUACAACCAAAGCCGUCUGACUACAUCCUCACGAACACCCACCCAUCCCGGACCACACCGAAUCGAUUUUGGCUGGAUGUUUUAACGCACCGCAUUGUGUCAUGUGAAAUAAAAGAAACAUUGAAACCAUGAAAGACUAUUUUACUGUUCCACAACACAACCAUGUGUGUACUUUUAAAGGAUUUUUGGAACACUGCCUCAAAAGGGAACUCCUUCUUGACGAAGCCUUUGAGACAUGGAACAUCGCAGCUCAAACGGACAGGCUUCCUGUGGGCGGAGUCCCCUGCCUUUACUGUAUAUAACAGCGGAUAUACACCGUCGUAACUGAGUGGCUUAAUUAGAUUGUUAGAAAUAAUGUAGUGCUUAAUCCAUGUAGCAGCAUUCGUGGUGACUGAUGGACUCCAGUGAUGUUCCGCUCACGAUCAGUGUGUCUCAUUUAAGAAUGUAUUUUUCCAGCCGACAGGAAACGAUCAACUGUUUGUGGUGAAGGAAACUGCGUUCGGCAGUCUACUGUUCCAUCCAGUUCUCAUCUCGUGACUGCAUGCUUGUAUUCGUCUUCCUGUGCAUGUUUUCAGUUCUUUUCAGUAACCAUUCUUAUUAUUGCCACGUUUGCCUCAAUUAUAUAUGGGUGUGGGUGUGUAUGUGGUGUUUGGGUGCCUUAACCCUACAACUGUGUGUACUAUGUGUGAUUGGAUUAAUCCUGUGUGUCCUCUGCCUGAGGGGUGUGCGUGCGUGUGUGUGCUAGAUAUGAUGUGUAUGAUAAUGACAUGACCUGUCUGUGUGUGUGUGUGUGUGUGUGUGUAUGGUUUGCUGCUUAUCAAUGAAUUAUUCUCUCUGUUUCAAUUCUGUGAGAUGAUUAUUAUUAUUAUUUUUCAGAAUGAUCACUGUUUCAAACCUCAUAUCGAAGCACAAGACCACCAUUAUGUAAAAGCUGAAGAAAAAGAAAGGCAGGAUCAUAUUCUUUCAGAGACUAUGAUCAUCAUGAUAAUCAGAAUCGUUAUUAUAACUCUAUUAUUCCGAUUUUUGUUUUUCUAUGACCAAAAAAAAAAAGUAGACAUGUUGCCUGAUAGUCCAGUCGCCAUCUUUACAGAUAAUAGACUGUUCUAUUUAUCUAUGAAGGUAUAAUAAAUAUCAUUGAGAGUUUUAGAUGCGUUCUUUGUGUUGUAUGUUUCGGGUUUAGUUUGGGAAGGAAGAUUCCAUUUACAUUUGUAA